AUGUCUUUUUACGCGGCUGUUGACAAUAGGUAUCUAACCAAGCCAGUACUCAGAGAUGUUCCAUACAAGGCUGACGAUCUCAGAUAUAAGGUGAUAGGCCAGUCAAGAAAAGAAAUUAGAUGGUUUGAUAGGAAGAACAGAGCAACCGCUUUACCUAACAGUGAGCUAAAGGAAGAAGAACUAGUUGAUGGUCAACCUCGUAAGAAGAAGCGUAACUUUCGUAAAUACGGUGCCAUUCUCACGACAGGUGCGGGUCUCUUCAGUGAUGGAUAUAUCAAUACAUCAAUUUCAACUGUAUCAGCAUGUUUGAAAAGGGUUUACAAGGAUGAAUAUGCGAAUUCAAGUGCGAUGCAAAACGUUUCGUCAAUUGCAUUUGCGGGAACCGUUAUUGGACAAUUGUUCUUUGGUUGGUUCGCAGAUUAUUACAAUCGUAAAGUUUCUAUGGUUAUUGGUACUUCUAUUAUCAUUGUUUUUUCCAUUCUAUGUGCAGGAGCGUGGGGAGUUGGUACUACAGCCACACAUGCGGGUGGUUUAUUCACUGCUAUUACCGCUUAUAGAUUUUUCAUUGGUCUUGGAAUUGGUAGCGAAUAUAGUAGUGGAUCACCAGCAGCUGCUGAAGCUGCAAAUAUGUUACCAGCUGGUAAAAGAAAUCGUUAUUUCAUUUGGUUUACUAAUUUAAUGCUUGAUUUUGGUGGUAUAGUGGCUUCAUUUGCGGCAUUGGUUGUUCUAUGGAUUUGUGGUGCUAAUAAUUUGAAUACUGUUUGGAGAGUUACUUUAGGUAUUGGUGCGAUUCCUCCAAUGUCGUUAUUUGUCCUGCGUAUUUUCUAUAGGGAAAGUGAUGAAUUCCAAAAGCAUAAAUUUAAUAGAUGUAUGCCAUACUGGAGAAUUAUUAAAUUCUACUGGUUUAGAGUUUUAACUACUUCCGUUAUUUGGUUUCUUUAUGAUUUUUCAUCCUAUGCUUUUAACACCUAUUCGACAAUUAUAAUUCAACUUGUUAUGGGCGAUGAUACAUCCAUGUACAAGUCCUUCGGUUGGAACGUCGUUUUUACACUUUUUAACGUCCCUGGGUCAAUAUUAGGAUCAAUAUGUGCAGAUUGGUGGGGGCCUCGUAUCACAUUGACUAUAGGUCUUGUUGUACAGGCUAUAAUCGGUUUUGCACUGGCAGGCGCUUUAGAGACUUUAAAGAAACAUGUAGCUGGAUUUGUUGUCAUCUAUGGUAUUUUCACUACGUUUGGUGAGUUUUCCGCAGGUGAUAAUAUAGGUUUACUGUGUGCUACUACUGUUGCAGCUCCAGUUAGAGGUCAUCUGUAUGGUUUCUCAGCGGCAAUGGGUAAGAUUGGUGCUUUCGUGGGUACAUAUGUUUUCCCUGACAUUAUUAAAAACGCAGGUGGCUCAGGAACUACUAGUGGCCUUCAGGCACCUUACUGGUGUGCAUCGUCCCUAUGUGUCUUUAGUGCUAUCAUUGGGUUUUUCUGUUUACCGGAUACUGAUCAAGAGGCAGCAUUAGAUGAGGACAGAAAGUUCUUUGAGUACUUGAAAAGUACUGGCUACGACAUUACUCAACUUGGUGAUACCAGUAGUCAAGAUUCUUCAUAUGAUUCUGAAUCUGUUACUACUGAAACUCAAGCCGUUAAGAGCAAAGAAGGUUUGGAAUUUGCUGGUGAAACCAGUGGUGAAAUCAAAAAGGGUUCUAGUGAAUGGUAA